UUUAUCUCUUAUUCUCCCGCGGCUGGACUCUGGGAUUUGCAACGAGCCGACGACUCCUUCGACACUUCGACCGACCGACAGUGAUAGGGAACUAAAACUAAUUUGAAAAUUGUUUGGAGUAUGAAAGAAGAGACUAUCUUAAUAUGUUGCUCUAUUGUUGUUGAAUGACGAGUGUUCAAUUCACUCUGUGAACAGCCAUAUCAAUCUCUGCUAAUCCGUUCCAAAAUAUAUCUAAAAGAAGCAGAAGUUUAUCACAUGAAUUCAAUAUUCUUUUCCUCGUCUUUCCAUCCUGUCAUAUCACCUGCUCAUACACUCAUUCCAAAUACCGGCUUGCUUACAACCAUUUAGGUUGUUUUGUAACUUCUUCUAAAUUCCGGCGUUUGCAACAUCUCUCUUUGCACCAAAAGACUGAUCUGAAGAAUGAUUCUGUCUUCCUUAAAGGUUUACAGACCCAGAAUCCACCAAUCUCUGCUGUUUUCCUCAACUUUUGUUCAAAGAUCAAAUCUUUCGUCAUCUGAAAUCCAACAUUAUGACAACUUUAAUCCCAUCAACCACAAAGAUUGGCUCAGCCCAACACAAGUGGUCAAGAUUUUUCAAAAUCUGAAAGACCCAAAUUCAGCUCUGAAUCUAUGGACCCAAAUGUCAAAACGCAAGGACUAUACCCCCAACGAAGCUCUCUACUCCGCAGUCAUCAACAAGUUAGCAGAAGCCAAGAACAUUGAUGCAAUUGAGACGCUUAUGGAAAGAAUCAAACUUGAGAGAAAAUGCAGGCUCUCUGAUGCGUUUUUCUACAAUGUGAUUAGGAUUUAUGGGAAUGUAGGCGGGAGAAUAAACAAAGCCAUAGAGACCCUCUUUGACAUGCCGAAUUACAAGUGCUGGCCGAGCGUGAAAACCUUCAACUUCGUGCUCAAUUUGCUCGUGAACACGAAGCAGUUUGAAGUUGUCCAUCAAGUGUACACGGGUGCCGCGAAGCUGGGAGUGGAGAUCGAUGCUUGUUGCUUGAAUAUCAUCGUCAAAGGGCUGUGCAACUGCGGAAAAAUCGAGGGUGCACUCCAGGUGCUCGACGAAUUUCCCAAGCAGAAUUGCGCGCCCAAUGUGCGGACUUUUUCAACCAUUAUGCGCGCACUGUGCGACUGCGGCCGAGUCAAUGAGGCAUUCGGGUUGUUGGAGAUGAUGGAAAGGGAGCGAGUGGAACCAGAUACAAUCAUGUAUAAUAUACUGAUUUCUGGACUAAGGAAGCAAGGAAGAGUUGAAGAGGGGAUUGAGGUUUUCAACAAGUUGAUGCAUAAAGGUUGUGACCCAAAUGAUGGAACUUAUCAGGAAGUUCUGUAUGGGCUAAUUGAUGCCAAGAGGUUUAUUGAUGCCAAAGAUUUCAUGGGUGUGAUGAUUGACAAGAGAGUAAACCCGAGCUUCGAGUCGUAUAAAUUGAUGGUCCAUGGCUUGUGUGAUCAGAAUCUAAGUGUUCAUUUGGAUUGGGUACUUAAGCAGAUGGUGAGGCAUGGGUUUGUACCAAGAAUGGGAAUGUGGAAAAAGAUGGUUGAAUGCUUCUUACAUUCCAAAGAUUGUUGUAAUUAUGUUAUAAUUUCCUUUGAAGGCAUUAUUGCAGACCAAUCUCCAUAGAAAUGCAAUCACUUUGCAAA